AUGGGGUUCUGUAAGAUUUCAAUAGCUCUUGUUUCUCUCAUGGUCUUAGCAGUAUUUCAUUCCUCUCAAGCCCAAAACUCACCAAAAGACUACCUCAUUGCUCACAAUGGUGCUCGAGCACAAGUGGGUGUUGGCCCUAUGACACGGGACAAUAAAGUAGCUGCCUAUACACAGAACUAUGUCAAUAAGAAGGCUGAUGACUGCAAUUUGGUGCAUUCCAAUGGCCCCUAUGGCAAAAACCUUGUCGAGGCCAGUUAUGGCACUACCGAAGCCAAAGAUGUAAACCUGUGGGUUAAGGAGAAGCCUAUGUAUGACUACAACUCCAACUCUUGCAUAGGGGGAAAAUGUGGGCACUAUACUAGGUGGUUUGGCACAACUCAAUUCACCUCGGAUGCGCUAGGGUUCAGUGCAAGUGUAGUAUUUCCUUCCUCUCAAGCCCAAAACUCACACAGAGACUACCUCAUUGCUCACAAUGCUGCUCGAGCACAAGUGGGUGUUGAUCCUAUGACAUGGGACAACAAAGUAGCUGCCUAU